CAAUUAUUUAUUCAAAUCAAAUUUUGUUUUCAUAAUAAUCACAAUUAUUUAUUCUCAUACCAGUUGCGGAGCAGAGCUCGUUGUACUUUCUUCGAUUUUAUUUCCGUGUCAAGUUUUGCGUGUCAAAAAAUAACGGAACAUCUUAAAUAAAAUCUCUUGAAGCAAGAAGAAGAAACGAAAGGCAAAAAAGAAGAAAAAAAUCAUGGCAAGUGUUUUUUCUGGAGUACAAAAGGGACCGGCAAUUGAGGUCUUUGCCUUGAACAAAGCCUGCGUCGAGGAUUCCUGUCCCGAUAAAGUCAAUUUGGGAGUUGGAGCAUAUCGCACUGCCGAAGGUAAACCAUGGGUAUUGCCGGUUGUGAAGAAAGCUGAGGCCAAAAUUGUCGCCGACAACUCGUUGAAUCAUGAAUAUUUGCCGGUUUUGGGUUUGGAGUCGUUCACAACUGCCGCCUCGGGUCUCCUGUUGGGCGAAGAUUCGCAAGCGAUGAAGGAAAAACGCGUCAUUGGCGUUCAAACGCUUUCUGGCACGGGCGCUUUACGUGUUGGCGCCGAAUUUCUCGCCCAAAUCCUCGGAAAACGAGUUUUUUACUAUUCGGAGCCGACCUGGGAGAACCAUCACAAGGUAUUUGUCAAUGCGGGAUUCACGGAGCCCCAUAAAUACCGUUAUUGGGACCCAAUUUCGCGUGGCGUGGAUUUUGACGGAAUGGUAGCGGACAUCAGUGCUGCCCCGGAAGGUGCUGUCAUCAUCAUGCAUGCUUGUGCUCACAAUCCGACGGGAUGUGAUCCCACGGAAGAGCAAUGGCGUCGCUUGGCAGACGUUUUUGAGCAAAAAAAACUUUUCCCCUUCUUCGAUAGUGCUUAUCAAGGUUUCGCGAGCGGUGAUCCCAACAAAGACGCUUUUGCCGUACGUUAUUUUGUAUCGCGUGGCUUUGAACUUUUCUGUUCGCAAUCCUUUGCGAAAAAUUUCGGGCUUUAUAACGAGCGUGUUGGCAAUUUGACGAUCGUGCAACGUGAUUCGACGACAACUGCUGCCGUUUCGUCACAAGUUACGUUGCUUAUUCGGGGAAUGUACUCGAAUCCGCCCGCUUUUGGAGCACGAAUUGUCAGCACAGUCCUCAAUGACCCCGCCUUGCGUCAAGAAUGGAUGGAAUGCAUCAAAACCAUGUCCGGUAGAAUCAUUAAAAUGCGUCAAGCACUCUUCGAUGAACUCACGAAAUUGGGAACUCCCGGGACUUGGACCCAUAUUACGCAGCAAAUUGGCAUGUUUUCGUACACGGGCCUCAAUCCGCAACAAGUCGAAAAAUUAAUCAAGGAAUUUCACAUUUAUCUCCUCAGCUCGGGUCGCAUCAACAUGUGCGGCUUGAACGAAAAUAACGUCGCUUACGUUGCAAAAGCCAUUCACGCUGCGGUCUGUCAUGAAGACUAAAAAGAGGUUUCAAGCAUUUUAUUUUUUCGUAUUUUAUGUUUUACUCGUUGUUGUUGUUAGAAGCAUUUAAGCAGCUUAAGAGUUCCUUAGACAAAAGCAAAUAGAAGACACACCUCUCUAAAAGGCUCAUCUUACCUCACAAAAAAUUAAUUCAGGAAUCCAUAAAAAAAACCACCUUCUCUCCGUUAAGCCAUGAACAAAAAUUGUACAAAUCUAUAAAAAAAAUCUCUAAGAGCCUCACUUUUACUUGCAGUUAUUUAAAAUGUAGCAAUAGAAAAAAAAUAUUUUAUAAAAUAAUCAAUAAUAAUGGAAAUACAACUACUUGAAUUGAAUAUUAGAGGAAAUCUAAAUAAAUAUCUGAAAUAUAAAUAAAAAGAGUUCUGAUAAUAAAAAAAAUAAAUU